GCGUUAUAGUGGUGCGGGUAUAAAAGCUAAGCGGGCCGACACGCCAGCAUUCUGUCUCCAGAUUCCUCACACACACACACAACAUGGUCGCCCAGAUCGCCCUCGCCGUUCUCGCCCUGGCCGCCGCCGUGUGCGCCGCGCCCGGUGUGCCCCUCGUGGCCGCCGCCCCCGCCUACGUGAAGGCCGUCGAGCUGCACGCUCGCCCUCACUACUCCUUCAACUACGGAGUGAACGACCCCCACACCGGCGACCACAAGAGCCAGUCUGAGACCCGCGACGGCGACUUCGUCAAGGGCCAGUACUCUCUGCUCGAGGCCGACGGCACCACCCGCACCGUCGACUACACCGCUGACCCCAUCAACGGCUUCAACGCCCACGUCACCAGGUCCGGACACGCCGUGCACGCCACCCCCGUUAAGGCCUACGCCUACGCCGCUCCCGCCGUCGUCAAGACCGUGGCUCCCGUCGUCCACGCCGCCCCCGUGGCCUACGCCGCCCCCGCCGUCGUCAAGACCGUCGCCCCUGUUGUCCACGCCGCCCCCGUCGUCGCCUACAAGGCCCCCGUCUACGCUCACGCCGCCCCCUUGGCCUACGCCGCUCCCAUCGCCUACAAGGCUGGUCAUCUCGCCUACGCCGGUGCCUACGCCGCUCCUCUGGCCUACAAGGCUCCUCUCGCCUACCACUACUAAAUGUACCCUUCCUGUCCUAUGCAACCUGAUGCGACUGGUGUGAGCCACCUUUGCAUCUGCCUCGUCUCUCAAUGUUAGUCUGACAGCAUGCUCGCUUUUUUCUCCUGCUGUGAUCGUGGGAUCCAUAAAUUAUUCAUUGUCGUCUCAAUUAGUUUUGUUAUGCAAAGACCUGUAUUUUUUAUUUAAGACUUUUUAAAAAUAAAAAAAUAUUAAAUACGAA